AUGACCACCAACACCACCGAAAAAGAGUCGACUGCAACAAUUCCCGACGAUAACAAUGAUGAAGUCAUCAUCUGGGUUUGGGCGGACUUGGAAAUUAUGAAGGUCGAAUUAAUGGGUACGUUUAACCUUGUGUUCCUUUCAAAUGGGAGGCUUGGGAAUGAGUUAUGUCUACACCGUUGGCUCGAAACUGCCAUAUAUCUCUUGCAUCUCUUGCCUCCCACUGGCCACCUGAGUGAUAAGGUUGGUGACCCUGGAAGCCUCACUGUUAUGCAAGAUAGUGUACUUACAACUUGCGCGGAGGCCCAAUACAUAAGGAGGCACCACAGGCACGAGCCCAGAGAGAACCAGUGCACUUCGGCUCUGGUCAGGCAUGUCAAAGCCCCUGUGCAUCUGAUUCGAUUUCUCAGUUCUCUCGCGACAAAUGCGCAUAUGAAAUUCAGCAAUCCAAAUCCCAAAUUCUCUUCUGUUACACGCAGAUCUGGCGAAGAAGAAGAUGGCCUUAAAAUCAGCAUCUUAUAAUUACCUCAGCUAAUUGUUCAUGGAUCUUAGAUACACAGAUGAAGGCCUCUGUGACUGUUGAACGUGUCGAUUCGCAUCCCUCUUAGAUUGAUUUGCUAAUCGACAAUGCCAGUAAUUGUAGGAAUUCUUUUUUUUUUUAGAAUAGUAAUUGUAGGAAUUCUUAACAUGCAAACAAAGACGGAAUCCCUACAUAACUCAAGUGAACGUGGC